GUGCGUUCUGCGCUGGCGGAAGCGGAAGCGCAGUGAUGUGUCGGCUGUGUCGCGGUGAUGAUGGCGGAUAGCAGCGAUCAGUAUGAGUCGGUUCUGUGUGUGAAGUCAGAGGUUCACGUUUACCGGAUCCCGCCCAGAAGCUCCAACCGCGGAUACCGGGCGGCGGACUGGAAGCUGGAGGAGCCGGCGUGGAGCGGACGCAUGAAAAUCACAGCUAAAGGAAAAACAGCCUUCAUUAAACUGGAGGAUAGAAUCACAGGCGAGCUGUUCGCUCAGGCUCCGGUGGAUCAGUAUCCGGGGAUGGUGGUGGAGGCCGUCAGUGACUCCAGCAGAUACUUCGUCAUCAGGAUUGAAGAUGGAAACGGGCGGCACGCGUUCAUCGGCAUCGGUUUCGCCGAUCGCGGAGAUUCGUUCGAUUUCAACGUGGCUUUACAGGAUCACUUCAAGUGGGUGAAACAGGAAGGUGAAUUAGCCCGACAGGAAGCGGCUCAGAUUUCGGCGCCGAAGCUGGACUUGGGCUUUAAAGAGGGUCAGACCAUCAAGAUCAACAUCGGGAACAUAAAGAAGAAAGAGUCCGGCGGUGCUGCAGGGAAGUCUCGUCCGAUGGGCGGCUCUCUGCUUCCUCCUCCCCCUGGAGUCAAAUCCUCCGCUAUGGUUCCUCCGCCCACAGCACAGCAGACCACGCCCACUGCUCCGCCCAGCACAGGGAUGAUACUGGACUUCGGAGACCCCGCCCCCGCCGCAGCUCCGCCCUCUCAGGACCUGUGGGGUGAUUUCACGUCUGCAGGCUCCGGGUCCGCUCAGGACUCGCGGUCGGGGUGGGUGCAGUUCUAGCGGACCGACGGCACGCGGACGCUGUUUUCUAUGCAAUCACGCAGCUUCACGGCUGAUAUCUGCUGCAUUCCAGCUGGUGUUGAGCUUCAAACAUGUCUCUCUUUAGUUAAAUGUCGUCAGUAUCGUCUCUCGUUUACCUUUAAAGCUGAAAUGUGUCAUAAUGACUGUUUUCGAACAGGUUUCCUGAACACUCGUCUCAUUGGUCGGCCUCACGGCUGGCCCCGCCCCAAACUCACAGCAUCAGUUGAGGCAGAAGUUAACAGAAUCAAACAAAAGAGAGUUAAAGUGUUCAGAGGAAGUUGUUUUAGUGACUUCCUCAUCGUGACUCACCAUCAGGCUUCAUUUCGACACUCAAACGAAUGACACGCUUCAGCUUUAAAGCUCCUGAAUGUGUUGGAUUAGUGGUUUAAUGUCUAGGAUUCGGCUGUCGGUAAGGUUUUCUUUCGUUUCUCUUAGCGUCUUGAGUUCCGCGUGUGUUUUAUCAUGUGACCUGUCUGACCCCAGCGGGUGUGUCCACUCAGAUCAGGAUUUGAAGAGCUGGUUUUAUAUGUGUUUAUAAGCAGAUGAUUUUCACACUAUAUAUUUUGAACUAACCCCAGACUUUAUUCGCUUUAUUUUUCCAGGUGAUUACAGAUUUAUUCUUGAUAUUGUCAGUAAUUAAAGUCCGAAUCUUUCCUUCAAGUGCCUUUAUGGAACACCUGUAGAAUGUACAAAUGAUGGUUUAUAUGUAUGAAUAAACCUUUUCCUUUAA